AUGGGACCACUUCUCACACAUCUGCUAAAUUGUGCUCAGGCCACCUCAAGGAAGUCCUUCGGUCCUAAUGGUCGAGCCUCGGGUCCUUAUGGUGCCAUCGAGUACCACAACCUCAUCCAAGAGAGGGUUGUCGACCUUUUGAGGCAAGGAAAGUCCUUGCCCAGAGCAAUGUUGAAGAUGGCCAAAUACCAUGACGAUCUCAGCAUUCGUGCUAGUGAAGCGGCCGCUGAAGCCCGGAGUAAGUCGCAGAGUAGCUCCAGAAGCAACUUAUCCGCUGAGACCAAACGCCGCGGUCAGAAGCAACACCGUAAGGGCGGAGACCGGCGUGAACCACCCAAUAAGAAGCCUCGUGGCGGUGAGAAAGGUGCCAAUCCUGAGGCCACGUCCUCGACCAAGGCUAAAGAUCACAAGUGA